GGCUAUGGAUGCGUCUUGCCCUGUCUGCUGCAUGUCGCUCCUUCCUGCAGCUUGUGUCGUGCCCCGCAAAAGACCUUUACUUCAUUAACAAUGCAAAGUUAGGUCGUGCUGAACGACAAUGAUAAAAGCCAUCUUAGUCUUCAAUAACCAUGGAAAGCCGAGGCUUUCGAAGUUUUACCAGUAUUACCCUGAAGAAUCGCAGCAGCAGAUCAUUCGAGAAACAUUCCAGUUAGUCUCUAAAAGAGACGACAAUGUGUGCAACUUCUUGGAGGGUGGAACGCUCAUAGGAGGGUCUGAUUACAAGAUCAUUUACAGACAUUAUGCAACCCUGUAUUUUGUGUUCUGUGUGGACUCGUCAGAAAGCGAGCUUGGUAUCUUGGAUCUGAUUCAGGUGUUCGUAGAAACACUGGACAAGUGCUUUGAGAAUGUGUGUGAAUUGGACCUGAUCUUUCAUGUGGACAAGGUUCACUACAUUCUCAACGAGCUUGUCAUGGGGGGCAUGGUUCUGGAAACGAGCAUGACUGAGAUCAUCACACGGAUUGAAGAUCAGAAUAAGAUUGAGAAACAGGAGGCUGGCCUCUCGGCAGCACCUGCAAGAGCUGUGUCAGCCGUGAAAAACAUGAACCUACCCCAGCAGAUCAAGGACAUCAAGCUACCUGACCUGCCGUCCAUUGGAAAUCUCAAGUUCUAGAUUUAACAACAGGUUACGUUGAAGCAUGGAGGAGACUUUUCUUGCUCUAUGGGGCACCCUGCCACUGCAUUUUGCUCUUACACUGUGACGUCCUAUGUGUUCGUUUUUUCUCUCGUUUUCUGUAAAUAAAGCAUUAGGAAAAGUGC